UCGACAUUGCACUUGUCAGUCGUCCGUUACUACAAAAUAAUACUCUCAUGGAGAACAUCUUCGACUGCUCGUACUAUUGGAUUACGAAACGAGGACUACAAUGCAUUGGUCAGUGGCCAUUUCGAUCAUCGAAAGAAAAGAGAAUCUUAAGGUGCUUGACCUUUUUCAUGAUCACCAGUUUCCUGACACCUACGAUUACCAAAUGUAUGACAUCACUAGAUGAUACAGAUGUUGUCAUUGAAUCCCUAUUUAUUAUCGGAAUAAUAGGAUUAGGUUUUACGAAUUUUUUCAACUGGACAAUUAUGGAGGACAAUGUAAUUACGAUGAUUCGACUACUUUUGACCAUUGAAAGAGAUUGGAAAAAUUUGAUAGAUCAACGUGAUAUUGAAUUAUUGCAGCAGCAUUCCGAAAGAGGACGAAAACUCAGUGUAGCAUUUACAACAUUUGUCUACGGGAAUAUUCUGCUAUGUUUUUGCACACCAGCAAUUCCAAAGAUAUUGGAUUUUUUCCAUCCAUUAAAUGAGACUCGUCCCCGAAUAUUUCUGUCUCCGACGGAAUAUUUCAUCGAUCAAGAAAAGUACUAUAUAUAUAUAUUGUUUCACGCCUACAUCAGCGUUCCUAUCUAUACGGCGUGCAUAGUCUUUUUCGAGAAUUUCUUUGCAAUUUGUGUUAACCAUGCAUGUGGAAAGUUUGAAAUCCUGAAAGCGCAUCUAGAAUCACUACAUUUAGACGGAACAAUAUUAAUUGAAGAAACAUCAUUGGCCGAUUUCUAUUUCAUUAAGAAUCGUAUAAGGAUCUGCUCUGAUUUACAAACACAGACGUUACAAUUCGUUGAUUGUUUGGAAUCUUCUUAUCGUGGUGCUCUUCUAUUGGCGGUGGGAAUUAAUAUAGGGUUGAUAGUAUUGGCUGGUACUGCAGCUAUGAUUAAAAAUUCUGAACCGAGUGAAUUAAUUAGAAUGGUCUGCAUUGGUGUUGACCUAAUCUUUCAUUUAUUCUACUCCAGUUGGUUAGGACAUACCCUUGUUGUUCAAAACGAACGUGUCCUUGAUGCAGUGUCAAGCGAAUGGUAUCGCUUCUCUAAUCGAUCGCAGUUGAUGCUUCUUUCUAUCAUGAUGAGAACUUUAAAACCAUGUCAAUUGACAGCUGGAAAACUCUAUAUCAUGUCGAUGCAAGGAUUCGGAGCGGCCAUGAGAACUGUCAUGUCUUUCUUCACUCUUCUCAAUUCAAUGAGAUAA